ACACCUCAUCCAAGCAAACAUUCAACCCAAAGAAUCACCGCCAUGAAGAGCAUCUCCUACGCAGCUAUUACCGUCCUCUCAACGCUCCUCCCCCAAAGCCACGCCAACCUCGAUGUCAUCACUCUCACUGCCAAAAGCGGUACCUGGAUCCAAGAAGCCGCCGCGACGCUCGUCGUUGGAAACGUCCCCAACCCCAUCACAGGAGAUGUCGCCUUGUGGAGCGCCAUUAUGAUGGACAAACGGGACUUUCUCCAAGGUGUUACGCAGAACUCCCCAAGCAGCGGAUACUGCCCCAACCUCGGACGCAACUGGUGUAGCUUCGCAUAUACACUCGUAGGCUCCACGAAUCCGCAAAACGGCGCACCGAUAAUGACCCCUCCAGGGUCUCGGGUCAAGACACAUUACAAGUUGAACCCACAGACGAAUCUAUGGGACCAGAACCUGUAUCUCAAUGACAAGCUGGUGUCUAACAUCUCGACGAGCAAGGGACAGCACGGGACGAUAUUCUACGUCUCGAUCGAGUGUGCAUCUGGCACGUGUGCCGCUGCUCCAGCGCACAGCUGGGAGGAUAUUUCCAUCACGCUGAACAAGGCCGAUCAGAACUUCGGGCAUAGCGGAAACUGGCAGUAUAACGCGACCGGUGGGAAAAUGUCGACGAUAGACGGUGGACAAACUUGGAGUUUUACUACGCUUUCUAUCCCGGACACUCCUGUACAUUGA